AUACACUUACAUCGGUUCUCCACGCACAGGAAGUGGACAUGACCAUCGUGCCUAUGAUCCAAUCUCACAGCCGCAUGACGGUCGGCCAGUACGGUCCUCCCAUCAUGUACGUGCAGUUUGGUAUUCUCUCGGCCACCGGAGUGAGCACGUCCAACGUAUUCGCAUACAUACUCACCUUCGACUGGAAGGUUUGGGCUCUGCUUCUCAGCGCCAUCCCCGUGCUCGCACUGCUAAUAAGCCUGUCUGAGACCAUCGUCCACAAUACCUCAUGGAGGAAGAUACCACACAGAGUGCAUGAAUGGGGUUGGGAACUCUUCGGGAGCCUGCUCUACGAAAGUGCGUAA